CCCCUUCCCUGUGAAUGGCUCUUUUGAGAAGCCAGCUGAAAAGGCCGCAUUUUUUUCGUAUUUUCCCAAAUUUCACCAAAUAACACAAAAAAAAUAGAAGCGAAAAACAAUGGAGGAUGUGCAAAAACACAGUGUUCACACACUGAUAUUCCGCUCCCUGAAGCGCACCCACGACCUGUUCGUGUCCAACCAGGGAAACCUUCCGGAAAUUGACGACCGGCUAGAGAAGCUGCGACGCUCUAUCAAGGCCAGGGACAGCUAUGGCCUGGUCCUGGACAAGGCCGCCAAGAUAGGCGAGGCCAGGAGGGGAGCAGGAGCUCAAGGGCCGGGCGACAAGCCGCUGCUGGCCAUAACCGAUGGCGCCGAGGUGGUCAAGUAUGCAAGUGGCAGAACAAUAGAUAAACCAGGAGGAGGAGGUGGAGCACCACUGGUCACUGGCAGCCACACAUCCCUGGUGCGCGCCUCUCUACCCAACAAUGGAGGUGGUGCAACCGACAGCAGCAGCACUAAGGGUACAAAUGGCAGCGCCAGCAACCUGCAAUUGAUACCGAAAAAGGCACCAACUAUCCCAAAACCCAAGUGGCAUGCCCCAUGGAAGCUCUCACGUGUCAUUUCCGGCCAUUUGGGCUGGGUACGUUGCAUAGCCGUGGAGCCCGGUAACGAGUGGUUCGCCACUGGGGCCGGUGAUCGUGUUAUCAAAAUCUGGGAUUUGGCCAGCGGCAAACUAAAGCUCUCCCUCACCGGUCAUGUGAGCACUGUACGCGGUGUGGCCGUCAGCACCAAGCAUCCGUAUCUGUUUAGUUGCGGCGAGGAUAGGCAGGUCAAGUGCUGGGAUCUCGAAUACAACAAGGUGAUACGUCACUAUCAUGGUCAUCUAUCGGCUGUGUAUUCACUGGCCCUGCAUCCCACCAUCGAUGUGUUGGCCACCUCGGGCCGGGAUUCGACAGCCAGGAUCUGGGAUAUGCGGACCAAGGCAAAUGUUCAUACCUUGACGGGACACACGAAUACGGUGGCCAGUGUGGUGGCACAAGCCACAAAUCCACAAAUUAUCACCGGUUCCCAUGAUUCUACUGUGCGACUGUGGGAUCUGGCCGCCGGCAAAAGCGUCUGCACGCUGACCAAUCACAAAAAGUCUGUGCGCAGUGUGGUUUUGCAUCCAUCGCUGUACAUGUUCGCCUCCGCCUCGCCGGACAACAUCAAGCAGUGGCGCUGCCCGGAGGGUAAUUUCGUUCAGAACAUCUCCGGGCACACGGCCAUCGUGAAUUGCAUGGCAGCCAAUAAUGAUGGUGUCCUGGUAUCAGGCGGCGACAAUGGCACCAUGUUCUUUUGGGACUGGCGUACUGGCUAUAAUUUCCAGCGUUUCCAAGCGCCCGUUCAACCUGGUUCGAUGGACAGUGAAGCGGGCAUCUUUGCCAUGUGCUUCGAUCAGUCGGGCACGCGGCUAAUCACCGCCGAGGCGGACAAGACCAUCAAGGUGUACAAGGAGGAUGAUGAGGCCAGCGAGGAGUCGCAUCCGGUCAACUGGCGGCCGGAGCUGCUCAAGCGACGCAAGUUCUAAGCCGAAGGAGGAGUCGGGCUUUCAUAGACUUUAAGCAAAUUUUAGGUUACAAUUCUCCAAAAACGAUUUCAUUAAAAAGAAAAGAAAGAAAGGAAA